GAAAUGGCGAACAUCGAAGCGCAAGUGGAGUCUUCUUUAAAAUGUUUUGUAGCUCCUGCAGCGCAACCACGAACGUGUAAUCCGCCAUUGUUGUUAUGUACUUUGACGGCGCCGGUGACGCCCCGCCCGCGCCGUGACGCAGAGCUGACAGAGGAAAGCUGCUCCAGCCGGAGGACAGGGGGAGAGCCAGCGAUGGCUUCACUCAGACAGGAGCACCGCUAUGGGCUCUCCUGUGGAAAAACUACCAAAAACAGCUCCAACAUUACUCUGUACCACGUCAAGCUGACGGACACGGCCAUUAGAGCGCUGGAAGCGUAUCAAAACCUCAAGGGAGUUUUGCAAAAUGAGACAUCCAUCUGCUUUAAAGGAAACCACGGGUACUUCAAGAUCCCGACUCCAACACCAGAGUCGCCUUCUGCUCUGCGCAUCUUCUCCUUCUACCUGUCCAGUGACAGCAAAGACCAGCCUCAAGCCAGCUUUGACUGCAUCCAUCAGUACACCUCGAGCGACGGCCGCGAGCAGCUGGAGGGCCAAGGCAGCAUCCAGGACAAGAUCACCGUGUGCGCCACCGACGACUCCUACCAGAUGACCCGCGAGAGGAUGUCUCAGAUGGAGAAGGACAGCUGGAGCCGCUCGGCCAUCGAGAUCAAACCCGGAGCCACGCAGCCUAGUAAAAGCGUCAAAUACCCAAAGAGAUCCGCUCCCCUGUCUGCUCCUGAAAGCAGCUUCUUCAAGCAGCCCGCCACCAACCGGAGGAGCUGCGGCAUGCCGACCCCCACCCUGAAGCCCCUGAGGGAACGCAUCAUCCACCUGCUGGCCCUCAAACCCUACAGGAAACCAGAGCUUCUCCUGUGGCUGGAGAGAGAGCGAGCCGCAACAAAGGACAAGGCCGAGCUGGGAGCCGUGCUCGACGAGGUGGCCAGAGUGAAUCCCAAAGACAGCAGCUACCUGCUGAAGGACGACUUCUACAGGCACGUGCAGAGGGACUGGCCAGGCUACAGCGAGGAGGAGAAGCAGCUCAUCAGCAGGCUGCUGACCAGGAAACUUCAGCCCCACAUCAGCAAUAAAUCACGCAACGUUCAAGCACACUUGUCAAUACCUGCGGCCCCUGAGGACCCAAACGCAGCGAAAACCCCAGCUGUGAAACGUUCUUUACCCCUGGACUCACAAGAAAGACUGGCUGCGAAGAGGCAAAAACUUACAGACCAAAGGUUACACCAGUCCACGGCAAAAGGGCUCGCAAACACUAAAAGAGCACAUGAUAAUGUAGCUGUGACCUUUGACCCCAGUCUCAUCUCCGUUGCUGAACCUCAGCGGAUCGGUGGCAUUCCCAGUGACCCCUGUGGCCUAACUGUGGCCCAGGGUGGCUUUCCUUUCGACCACGGCCUGUCUGACGGACAUAUUUCUGAGAAAAAAGAGCAGGACGCCAACGUGAACGAGCUGAAAACGCCGCAGGGCGACUCUGGCUGCACUCAGCAGCAACUCCACAACAGCCAGCACAGAAAGAAGAAAUCUAAAAAGCACAAAGAAAAGCAGCGGGAGAAGUUAAAAAGUGACAAAGGAGCCGGAUGGCUGCAGUCGAGUCCCGAUCUCAAGCAGAACCCAGAAAAACUUGACAAUCCCGACAACACAAGUGCUGCGGCCUCCGAGGAGAAGCCGGAUUAUGUGCUGGCGUACAGCCCCAUCUCAAGUUUGGAGCAGCGGCAGCGAUAUCAGGAGGAUUUCUGCACAGAGUACGACGAGUACAAAGACCUUCACUCCCGGAUCGCUGCCAUAACUCACAUGUUUGUUCAGCUGGGCUCCAAGAUCAAGACUCUGUCUCCUGGCACACGGGAAUAUAAGACUAUGGAAGACCAAAUACUGGAAAAGUACAGCAAGUUUCGGAAGAAGUUUCCAGACUACAGGGAGGAAAAGAAGCGCUGCGAGUAUCUUCAUGAAAAACUGUCGUAUAUCAAACAGCUCAUCAUCGACUAUGAUCUCUCCAAGCCCUCUUUAUAGCAUUCGUUUGCUUUUGUUUUUUGUUUCUUUUAAACCGUCAACUUUGCAUACCCAACAUGAGUGUAAAAGAAUUUAUACCAGUGACAUAAACGGCUUUGAAAGGAGACUUCAGCUUCCUCCACACACUUUUGCUAAAGCCUCAGACGAUUCUCCAGAGUUCUCAUAAUAAAACUGAGCGAAAAACCA